AUGGCCUUGAACCCGUUGCUUCCGCUAGCAACCGGGCAGGUGACACCAGCACACAACGCUGACGGACGUGGUGCCUCGAGAGAGCUCGGUAACCCUGACCUGCUUGUUUAUCGAGAGACGACUGUGAGCUUUCGGCUGCGUGCCCAGCCUGCCGCCAACUCGAGUACCCAAGAGCUGUGUUGUAGUCUCGAACUCUUUGGCGUCGGUGAAUGCUUCCUGACACUACAACGGUUGGUAUUCGUAUGGACACCACAACCAAGCGUGACUUUACGAGCGUUUGAGGUGCCCUUGUCGGCGCUAGGCGAGUUACGGGUGCUCGCGGACUGGUUCUGGAGCUCGCACAACCACCUGGAGUGUCAAGUUCUACCGUUUGUUGAGAGUGCCUUUUACCCGCACGCAGCCCGGUUGGACAUUGAGGCGCAGAUGUGUGCUGGGCUGGACGAGUUUUACAAGGCGCUGAGUCGGACGCUUGCUCUCAGUCGAGGUGUCCCGAACUGCCAGGUGCCCCGUUCCCCGGGUGACCUGUUGCCCGCUCCCUGGUGCGAUGUCGAGCCAACCGCUCGGGGUAUAUCGCUGGCGUCGCUCGCAGGGAGCUUUCGCGAAGAGUGGGACGCGCUUAGCACUCGUUUCAGUUUCGGUGACGAAAACCCUACAACGGUGACAAUGCAUCCAAGACCUAUUGCGUAUGCAGAUAUGCGAUACAGGCCGCCGCGUAUCUAUUUGCCGAUGACUGUUCCCAAGCGUCUGUUUUUCUGA